GAGGGCGAUGAGGAGAAAGAAGCAGGGGAGAGACAGAGCACUACCAAACUAAAUGAUCGGAGAGAGAUGUGAGAAAUGGGUCGGAGGUUGGAUGUCUUUCGGGUGCAUGUGUUGUUGGAUCUGGUCAUCUCCAGGUUGACGGACGCCCCAAAAGUGCGUAAGGCCUGGCCCACUUAUCAGUCGCGACUCGCGAGUUUAAAGAGCAUCAAAUUUGAAUGCGCGGGAAUCUCACCCAGUGACUCAAACGACCUUCUUCAACCUCCGAACCAAAAUCCUCAAGCUCCAAACGCUGACAACAAUGUCGACCGCCAAAGCGAGCAACAAGAAGCGCAGGACCGAGCCACGGAUCGCGAAUUCCGAUCACCUCGAUCUCGACCUCGACCUCUCCAAGCAAAGUUUCGCUAAAUCCCUUUCGAAGAGCUGUGGAAAACGAUGGAUGAUCCGGCACGAAAUUUUUGAAUAUGUAGUUGUUAUGCUGGAAGGCAUUGUGUAAUGCCCUAAUUUAUUGUUCUGAUUAAUUUGAUUUUAUGUAUGCAGUGUGAGAAGAACUGCUUGAAGACUGAAGCUGUCAAGUUCCAAGCAGUUUAUGAAAAGUUUUGAAAGGAUCAGGCAAACCAUCUGCAGGCCUUGAAAGGUACGUGGUCCUAAACCCUAAUAGGUCAGUUCUUGGCAUACAGUAUAUGUUCCAAUCACCAUCACUCCUUGCAUUGGUUUUGUCUUCGUAGUUGGUAAUAAAAAUUCAAGUCGAUAUAAUCUGGUUACAGUAACUGAGAGAAUGAUAGGUACUUCGACUGACUAUCGGAAACUGACUUAUUUUUCCGCAUACUUUUGGGUUCGUGGAUAGCUGGAUAGGAGGUUUACUUUACAUGUAGUUCCGUGGUCUCUCUUCGUUUUACUGUACAACCUUAUCUCACUAAUUGGGGUCAGCUAUAUGAAUUCUAGAACGCUAUUGCAUUCGGUUUUGCGCCAAGUCUUCCGUUAGCUUCAAGUACUCCAUGUUUUUUCUUAGUCUCUUUCCAAGUCUUCCUAGGUCUUCUCUACUCCUUUUGCCUGAGUUUCGGUCUUAUAAUCGCAUCUUUUAACAGGAGCAUUGUAGGUCUUCAAUUCACAUGUCCAAACCAUCUGAACCGAUUUUCGCUCAUUUUAUGUCCAACAACCACUCCUACUCUACCUCGGAUAUUCUCAUUCUUAAUCUUGUCAUAUCCCAUGUGGCCACACAUUCAAUGAAGCAUUCACAUCUCCCUUUUCCUGUAAAAGUGAAAUUAAAGAUCAUACCCGAACCGCAGUAUAGGUCUUGCAAUCAUAUAAUUAUGAAUCUACGUGUAGACCCUCGAUGCUGUUGGGCAUUAUUGUUCUGUUUUGGUAAAGGAAAUGCUUCUGUUGAGCUAUAUCCAAAACAUAGGGAGAG